CUUCACGAAACUAAUGGCGCCGCUCGCAGUCAAGCGCAGGAAACUAAGUCACGACGACGAGAGCGACAAUAGCGAAGGAAGCUUUGCAGAGCAGCAUACAAACGAGUCAGGCUCGAGCGACGAGAGCCUGGCAGAGAAUGGAGCCGCCGAUGGCGAAGGAUCUAUGGACCAAGCGGCGGAGCACAGCGACGCAGAUAGCUCGAGCGAUGACGGACCUGUAGCCACGGAAGACAAGGAGUCCAAUCUCAGCGCGAACAAGCGGACCGCAGCUCCCAAAGUAGCAGACGAAGCAAAGCUACAGAAGAGACGCGACCCGCAGCUUCAGGAUGGGGUAUACACGGCGGAGACGUUCAAGUCGAAUGUGUUCAAGCUGCAGGUAGACGAGCUCCUCGAGCAGGUGAAGCCAAAAUAUGGGAAGAAAGAGGCUCCGGCGGAGAAUGCGAUGCGGACCCUCAAGAGCUUGAUCGAACGGCUCCCCAGCCGCGCGCCAUUGUCUGUUAAUGAAGCCGAGGAAUCCCUCAAAGCAAUCGGAGUCGCCAUCCCUUUCCCGAGCCCCCGCCCGCCGAAAGACGCAAAGUACAAAUUGCAGUAUGAGCGACCCUCCAGUAUAAAUGCGACCGGCAGCUAUCCACUGAGGACUGCAACCCGCACAGAUGGCGAGUUGGCAAUUGACCUGGUGGUAACAAUGCCGAAGGCCAUCUUCCAGGAAAAGGAUUACCUCAACCAUCGGUACUUCUACAAGCGCGCAUAUUACUUAGCUUGCCUCGCAGCUGGGAUCAAGAACUCCAAAGAACAUGAUUUCCGGCUCUCAUUUGACUGCUUGAACGGAAAUCAACUCCAACCCAUAAUCGUCGUUCGACCAAGCGGUGACGGUCGUCCUGCGGACUUCUCUCCCUCGAAGUGUCGCAUACAUAUCCUUCUCGCUCUUCCAGAAGGCACUUUUUCAGAGAUUAAAUUGCUCCCGAAAGCAAACUGCGUACGACCUAAAGAGAGCGGGGGAGACGGAGCAAGCAAGUUCCUUCCCCCUACCCCUUUCUACAAUAGCUCAGUGCAAUCCGAUGCCACGAUCACCGCUUAUCUCAAACUACUUCACGCUGCAUCUGGGAAGUGCGACGCCUUCAAAGAUGCUUGCACACUCGGUCGCAUUUGGCUGAGGCAGCGUGGCUUCGGAAGUCGGUUGCGCAAAGGGGGCUUCGGCAACUUCGAAUGGGCUGCUAUAAUGGCACUUCUCUUACAGCCAAACCCGGGAGCUGGGACACCACCUCUUUCCCCGGGUUACAGCAGCUAUCAGCUUUUCAAAGCGACGCUCCAGUUCUUAGCGCGCCAUGAUCUAUCCAAGAAACCGUUCGCCUUCCAAGCCCGCGAUGCCACGUUUCCACGAGCAAAGGCUUGCCCAAUGUUCUUUGAUGGGCCAAGAGGCUUGAACCUCCUUUUCAAGAUGACGUCGUGGUCUUAUGUGAGGCUUCAGCUUGAAGCGAAGGUAGCUGUUGAGGCGCUCGGAAAUUCGACAUUCGACCAAUUUGAUGCCACCUUCAUCCUAAAGACAAAUCUCUUGAGGUAUUGCUACGAUGCUACCUUGGAAUUGCCUUUGUCCGGAUUCGGAUUUGACCCUGCAAACGAGGACUACGAUGCGAGCCUCGACGAAACAUGCUAUAGGAUUUACAGUACGCUUGUUCGAGCCCUUACAGACCGUGUCACGGUCGUGACCUUCUCACUGCCGGAUAGCAGUGACUGGUCCAUUUCUUCGCCUAGGCCAUUCGAACGUCAGCAGAAGCGCAUUCUUGUCAACAUGGCAACCGAUCCAGCCAACGCCAAUCGCACGGUCGACCACGGACCCGCUGCCGAGAACAAACAAGAGGCUGCGUCUUUCCGCAAGUUUUGGGGAGACAAGGCCGAACUCAGACGUUUUAAGGAUGGUAGUAUUCUCGAAAGCGUGGUAUGGACAACCAAAAACACGACUGCCCCUGUAUUAGAGCAGAUCGUUCUAUACAUUCUAAGAAGACAUAUUGGUACACCCGUAGCAGACAAGGCUAAAUUCAUGAGCGACACGUUCGCUUCCCUUGUCCCGUCUGGUCGCAUCCAGGGUCAAUCCGGGGUUUCAGGAUUCACGCCAGUUAUGAAUGCCUUGGCGGUUGUUGAGAAAGACAUUCGUAAUCUGGAGGGUCUCCCGCUGCAAAUUCGCCAUAUCCGGGCGGCCGACGCGCAGUUGCGUUACUCAUCCGUUGAACUACCGCAGAGUGCACCAGCAUCUGUUGUACUCCGGUUUGAAGGAUCUGCUCGAUGGCCAGACGACCUAUGCGCAAUCCAGCGGACAAAGAUUGCCUUCCUUCUCAAGCUUACCGAAUUACUGCCCGCUGCGCAAUCAGGUUAUGUCACUCGCGUUGGCCUUGAAAACGCCUCGCAGCCAUCGCAGAAUCAGGCAUACAUUGACAUAACUACACCGUCCGCUUUUACGUUCCGUCUUCGCAUCCAUCAUGAUCGCGAGGCUACUCUUCUUGAACGGCAGCUCAAAGACAAAUGCUUGGAUGCACAGUCCCGAGAGUCGGCCGCUGCAGGCCUUGCUCUAUACAAGCGUGACUUUUUUCGAAUUCCAUCUCAUACGCAGACGAUGCAGACGCUAUGCACUCGGUAUCCAGCCCUUUCGCCUGCCAUAAGGUUGACAAAACGUUGGUUUGCUUCGCACCUCCUCUCGCCUCAUUUCGCACCAGAACUUAUCGAGCUACUGGUUGUGCGGACCUUUUUGCAACCACAUCCAUGGGCCGUACCCUCAUGCGCCACGACUGGAUUUCUACGGACACUAGCAUGGAUUAGCCGGUGGGACUGGAGACAUGUUCCCCUCAUAGUCGACUUCUCUUCCGCCGCUUCUAGCGAUCCGCCAGAAUCUGCUAGUACUGGACCAAAAGGGAUGAAAUUCCAGGAUGUUGAACAGAUUCAGUUACGUUUUGAGGCAUGGCGACGAAUUGACCCCGCAAUGAACCGUGUCGUGCUCUUUGCGGCCACAAGCAUGGAUACAGAUGGCAAUACGUGGACGGACAAGGGGACACCGGAGAAGGUCGUCGCAGCGAGGAUGACAGCGCUAGCAACAGCCGCGACGAAGGCUGUUCGUGCUGCAGAUGACCGUUUAUUGUCCUCGCAGGACGGGGAGGACUUUGGCGACGAUAGCACGUUCAGCCCGCAAUCCCUUUUCGUCUCCCAAGCUCAGGACUACGACUUUGUCAUCCAGCUUUCCCCAAAGUACGCAACGACGGAGAGGAAGAACCUGCAGCCCAGGUAUAAGAAUGUCGAAAUUCAAAAGGCUAUAGGCGAUUGGCAAAACUCCGGAACCGAGCUUGCACGAUUGUUCGUAGAAGACUUGCAGAACGUGUACGGUGAUGCUAUCCUCUUCUUCUACGAUGCUGAAUCACUGGAUCGGAUUGCUGGGUUGUUCAAUCCGGUAGUCACAGGGCAAAGAGCUUGGAAGGUCAAAGCUGGGUGGAACAGCCUUCCGUUCAAGAGCCGAGACGAGAAGCGAUCCGAAGUGAUUGGGGAGAAGGAGGGUCGAGGAAUGGACAUUCAGGUCAACAAGGGCGCGAUUUGUAACGAGAUGCGGAGAUUGGGCGGUGACCUGAUUAGCAGGAUUGAUGUGAAGAGGUGAUGUGCAGGCCUAGAUCGAAAUGUCUGCCAAUGCCAUAGUUUCUGCUCUCUUCCAG